AUGGCUUUGGAGGAUCAGGAUGGUUUGGGGAGAUCUUUGGAGAUGGAUGAUGGUGGGAGGGGUCUUGCGAGGGGGGUUUUACUUUCGAAGUAUCAGGGUGGAGAAGAUAAUGAAGAAGAAGAAGAAGAAGAAGAAGAAGAAGGGGGGGGGGGUAUGGAGAUGGAAAUGGGAAUAGGACUUACCUAUAUAAGAUAUCGAAAAAAGAAUAAGGGAAACAAACAAGUUCGUGUGUGA